UUGCUGCAACUACCGGUGGCGCUGCAGUCAAACUGUUCGCAAGGUAACCAGAUGACCGCGAUAGGGUGUCAAUCAUCCAGAGCUGCAGCACUUCAGCGGGUCACUCGGACGCGAGCUGUAUCAGCGGGCCAAACUAUUUUACCGUGUAAAGAAAACAGACAGCAAUCUGGCAGCAAUCUCUGUUUUCAAGAUUGAGCCCAUCCAUUACUCAAGACUAUCAAGGCCGUAACUUGGAGGACAUCGUAGGUGCCAUUCUCGGACCGUGUCGCUCUGCCUUGCAGCACCCGCGCGAUUGGAACACGCAGACACAUCUCGAAGUACUUCAUAGAAAGAUGCUGCCACCAGGCGUUGCGCCGUCCCGCCUCGUGCGGGUCGCUGUGCUCGCACCACGCCAGCAGGCUCUCCUCCUCCUCCAGCGCUCUGCACAACACUUGCGCCUCCGGCACUCUGCGGCUGCCUGGCUUCCCGUUGCCGCGGCGAGAAGCAACGGCUUGGGCUCCAAUGCCGUGGCUCGGGAUACGCGCUCGCGUCACCAGCGGUGCGUUCAUCAGGCUGGCGCUGCUAAGCUCACUGCGAGGAGCACUCGACAGCUGCUGCGUGACGCGCCUCCACUCCGUUACAAGGAACGGCGCAUCGAGAUCGUCACGUGCGGCGACCUCUACAAGAAAUGGCGCGCCGAGGGUCGCCAUGGCUACCAGGGGGCACCCGACACGGGCGCUCGUGUGCCGGUUGUGUACAUCCACACUGGGCUGGACCGCAUCGAGCGCGGAGACCGGACAGAGCGACCGCUGUCCGUGCUGCUCACGGGGGCGCCGGGACAGUACCAGGACUACAGCUACAACAUCCCUUUCCUCGACCAGAACGGUGUGGACGUUCUUUGCUUCAACUGGCCCGACUUUGCGUUCAGCUUGGAGACCGGCUACUGGUGGCAUAGCUGCGACGAAAAAACCAGUCUAGUCGUCGAUUUCCUCAAGAAGCUUGACAUCAAGAAGAUCGACAUGCUGGUCAGCCACAGCACCGGAAGCACACCCGCGGUGCAGCUGGUGGCCGAGGAAACCGAGAUUGAUGUGAAGUCCUUGGCCCUGCUUAUGCCCAUCGCAACGCGACACUUCAGGGGCUCCAGCAACCCUCUGCUCUUCAAUCCUGCAGUUGGAUGGGCGAUGAAGAGUCGACGCGGGGCGUCCAUCAUCACGCCCCUCUUCCAAGCGGUCAUGUCGUUGAGCAGGCACCCGACUAGGGGCCGGGCGCACGACGUUUUCUUCGGCUACCACUCGUGCACCGGAUACGAGGAACAUCGGGUUGAGCAGCAGUUAGCCACAAUUCGGCACCGCGCAAUGCCCUCCCUCGUGAUGGUCAGCAACGACGACAAACUCCUGUCAAAGGAAGACAACCACACAUUGCUGCGGAGGUUGGGCAGCGACUCCGAGCGGACCUGGUUAUACGACUCGGGCGGGCAUCUCCUCCGGAGGGGUGGUUCCGACAUAGUGAAAGCAAUCGAGCUGAAGGAUGGAUCGCACUACGGAUUUGUACGCUACCCCGACAUCUGCAAUGAGAACCUCGCCGAAGUCCUCGAGAGGGUGCGACGUUAAUUCAAGCAGCGCUUGUCAUGGCUGACGAGCGCACUCUAUAGAAUUUUUUUUUUCCUCGGAUACUAAUAGACCAUUAUACGCUGUACGCGUAUAAGUCAUUCACCUGGCGCAGUAGGCUAUAUAGCGAGCGUAAUUCCAGGCCUCGCAUUCGUUGACUUACUCCGUAUAAAAGCACGCCCUUGAAGCAUAAAACGGCUAACUUCGUUAGUGUGGUCAGCAGGAAACCUUGUCUUAUAUAUGUUGUCAGAAUCUCGUUUUACCCUUUUCGCUCCGUUCUGCUAAGGGCAUUAGUUUUAUACCUGCUAUAUUAAAGGGAUUUUUGUGAUCGCUGGUUACAAGAACCAUCUGUUCUAUACGGUGCCUUCAUUGGCGUGGCAUGGGGCUAAAUGAUGGCUUGUGACGACUUCACUUGGAAAUAAAGCACCUGUAACUGCCGGA